AUGUCUCGAAAUAAAGUCUCCUCGAAAAUCCCGACAAAGACGAAAGAUUCAAAGUCGAAUGAGAAAAUAACGAAGAAAAAUCCCAGCUCAACUCUCAAAUCGGAUAAGAAAACGAGUAAAUCAACGACAGGCAAAGAAAACACAUUAAAGAAGGCGCCGAAGCCGAAAACUCCGACUCCUGAACCGCAAGAAGAAUACAAUUAUGAGGACGAUUUCGAGGAUUAUUCGGAUGAUUUUGAAGAUGAUGAUGAAGAAAAAGAAGAAAAGAAAGAAGUCGAGCCAAAAUCGGAGAAUAUUAAAAUGAAAGAAGAGAAACCAAUGGGCAGCGAAGCUUCACGCGCAAGAACUCCACCACAAUCAAUACCAAUAACAAAUGACGAAUCGAAACCGGAACCAAUAGAAGGUUCUGACGAGACACCGAUGAUGCGACGAUUGAAAAGCAGCAAAGGACCCCGAGCACACGUUCAAUCUGAAGUUGAACAAAAGACGAUGAAUAGAGAGGAACGAUUUGAGUUUAACGUCAAAGCAUCACAGAGACAAUUGACACUGAUUCCAAGCGGUCCCAUCAUUCCAAUGAACUUUGGAGACAAUGGAAAUCAAGAAAAACGACACCAAACUCUUCGACAGUUGAUCGGAAUCGAGUCAAUCCCUGUUCGGAUUCUUGACAAGCCACCAGUGAAAGAUUACAAUUUGUACCUGGAGAUGUUCGGGGAUAGUGGGAAAAUUCAAGCGUACUGUCAAACUGGUGACGACGAUACGAAUGAAGAGACACAAACCGACGAACGAGAGCUACAAAAUAAAUGGACACAGCACCCAGCUAUUGACAGUUUCGGAUGGGGAGCCGAUGCAGAAAUGGGGGCCAACGAAAUGGGCAUUCUCUCGGAUGAUCUCAAUCUUUUUAAGAUAAACCAUCUUCAAAACCCUCGAUUGAAAGAGUUUGUUGAAGCAUCAGCUCAGAUUAUCAUCGAAUUGAUCACUUCUCGAAAUCGAAAAGUUGAAUACAUCGAAAUGCACCAUCGAAGCGAUCUUGCAUUCAGUGCCGGCUACAACUUGUUCGGACUCGGACAAUUGGCUAGCGUGUCAAGUUGUCAAUUUGUGUUGAAGCCCCCACACGAGGACGAGACAAUGCUCGGUGCUUUCUAUAUCGACGAAUCACCGGCAACAGAUAUUGUCAAAAAAUCGAUUCUCAUCGAAUUUUUUUUGUCUAAUUCAAAGAUUCCGCAGAGGGUAUUUAUUUGUGAAGGAAGAGUGAAAUGUUGUGUCUAUGCGCCCGAUGGGACAAUUCUCUUUGCCGGAUUGAUGGAUGGAUCUUGCGUAGCUUGGGAUCUCCUCGAGCCGUCAACUUCAUUCACGAGCUCGAUUCCGUGGCCUGAAUCCGAAGAUGAUAUCAUUCUUAGAACCCCAGCCUAUGAUACCUCGUUCUUGAGUAGUACGUUUUCUUCUUCAAGCAAAUCAGCUUCAACCAUUCACAUCACAACAAUCAAUCGACCAAAUGACACAACUUAUCAAGUGGCAUGUCUUGACGAAAGUGGCACAAUAUCUGUAUGGUCAGUACUUCGAGAUGUGAACACGAUGAACAACCUCGGCACUGGUCCAGACGCCCGUCUCGCAAUGGGACUCACCGCUUUGCUCAGACCAGAUCAUUCGAUUUUAAAUGCCAACUCGAAUCCGACUUUCCUGAUUGCUAACUGUAUGGUAUCGAAUCGAAAAGAUCCGACACAUUUCAUUGUUGGCACUGAUAUUGGUUUUUUGAUGACUCUGUCAAGAACGAAAGGGCCUAUUUAUACCGGACCAAGGCUAUACAAAGCAAAUAUGAAUGUGUUUGGAGAAGUGAUUUGUUUACGGAACUCUCCAUUCGAUGAGGAUGUCUUUGUGGCGGGUCUCUCAUCGGGUUGCUUGUCAUUGCAUAGAACAAAUCACGCAAGCCCAUUGAUUGUGCUCACUCCACCGCAAGAGGCUCGAGACAUCGUCACCACAAUUGAAUGGAGUCCUAGUCACCCAAGCAUUCUCUACUCAGUCCAUGGUGGUACGCGAGUUGUCACCUGGGAUCUUGGCAAGGGUCAACAGCCUGUCUCUAUCUCGAAGAUCUCGCAAAUAAAUGCAAAAGUCAUAUGCAGUCAUUGCUGGUUUACGAAGCCAGGUCCAGCUUCGUCUGGAAUCGGCUAUAUGGCAUUUGGUCUCGAAGAUGGAAGUGUUCAGUUGCAUGCGCUUGAGAAUGUGAAACCGAUUAUCGAUUCUGCAAUCAAAAAUAUCACACAGAUUCUGAAAAAGUCUGGUGCUUUUGUG